UUAAUUCAUCCAAAACGGAAGAAAAAGGAAACCAAUCUGCAUUUUAGCUUUUAUUUCCAUUUCUAGAAAUUUGUUUUUCUUAAAUGGAUAUCUAUUAUUAGGCAUCAAUAAUCAUAAAAAGUUUGUUUUUAUUUAUUGUUUCUCUGUAAAGCUCUGAACUUUGUUCCUCUGUAGUAAGAAAAAAAUGAAAGGUAUAAAUUCACAAAAGCAAAAUUCCCAUUUCUUCUGAUUAUUGUUAUUUUCUUAAAAAAAAAAAACAAUUUCUUCGCGGGUUUUGGGUUUUGCUUCUAUGGCUGCAGUUGUUGACAAUUUAGGUGAAGCAGUGGAAGCUGCUAAAAACAACGAUUUGGAAGUGGAAACAACCAAAUCAGAAUCAAAGGAAUUCAAUGUGCAAAACCUGGUUGAUAUGUUCACAAAGUUGAACCCUUUGGCCAAAGAAUUUUUCCCAUCAUCUUUUCAUCAUAAUCAGACCAAAAAAUCAGAUAAUUUUAAUCAGGUUCCUGUUAAGCAAUCAGCUGGCAAUGUGAAUUUUUCCAACAAAAGGGGUAGAAAUAACGUCAACCAGGGUAGAAGGAGGCUUAAUGGUAGAGCUUUUCGAGCUCAAAGAGAUGAUAGUAUCAGGCGUACAGUCUAUGUUUCUGAUAUUGAUCAGACUAUCACCGAAGAGCAACUUGCCGGCUUAUUUAGUAAUUGCGGACAAGUUGUUGAUUGCCGAGUUUGUGGUGAUCCGCAUUCAGUUCUUCGCUUUGCUUUUGUAGAAUUUGCAGAUGAACAAGGUGCAAGAGCUGCUUUGAGCCUUGAUGGGACAAUGCUCGGGUUUUAUCCUGUUAGGGUCUUGCCUUCAAAAACUGCCAUCCUUCCUGUGAACCCUACAUUUCUUCCUAGGUCAGAAAAUGAAAGGGAAAUGUGUACCAGGACGGUCUAUUGUACAAAUAUUGACAAGAAGGUUUCUCAAACUGAAAUGAAGAGUUUCUUCGAAUCAACCUGUGGUGAGGUCACUCGCUUGAGGCUUUUAGGGGAUCAAGUCCAUUCAACUCGUAUUGCUUUUGUUGAAUUUGCCAUGGCGGAAAGUGCCAUAAUGGCACUGAAUUGUAGUGGCAUGGUGCUAGGAACUCAGGCAAUCAGGGUAAGUCCUUCAAAGACACCAGUGAGGCCUCGAGUUACCCGUCCGACAUUGCGUUAACUGAUGAACCAAUCAUUUUAAGAUCGAUGGAUGAAACUGGGUGAUUUCCAAAUGGUGAGAAACAUUGUUGUGUUGAAGGGAUGGUGAAACUUUCCUUUAAUUAUUUCCAUCCUUUUCAUUGCAGCUGUUAAUUUCAUUUUCGACUGAAGAUUUCGUUAAUGCUUCGGAUUGAAGCUUGAUCUUGAGGGUUUUUUUUUUUUUGUUUCUUUUUUCCUUUUACAUCAUUACAUCUUUUGUUUUGACAAUGCUUCCUUGAGUUUUAUUGCAUUAACUGAUCAUCGAAGCAUUUUAAGGUCCAACCACAGCAGCAAUCACUGAAGUUUUAGCAGUGAUGGUUGAACCUUUUUGCGAGUUAUCAUUUACAAUCAACAUAUAUCUAUCGUUAUAUAGUCAUAUUUAUCCAA